GUUCACACAUAAAAGGAAUUUCCGUUUCUAUUUCUUUUUCCUAGAACUGACGUGGCUACGAAGUUCGAUAAAAUUUCACAUAAAAACCCAACAGCUCAGCGCAGUUUUUCCCCAGUGUCUGCCCACAUUGAGGUAACUACGCUUUGAGAAUUUGGACCAUCUAUUUGAUACUUCGUCUGUUAUCAGCUAGCAGUUAGAUAAGAGUUUGGAGUUUGGAGCUUACAGCUGUGACUAUUUGUAAAGAACAAUGGACUCAACCUCAAGAGGAACUGUCGGCUAUUUGUCUUAUGCAAAAGACAGGGAACCACAGUUCCCAACAAACUGGAGCCCAUAUCAACAGUCAUCUUUUCUUGUAGAUGUUGAUCAAUCCACUCAAUCGAUAAUCAGCGACCUAGUUGUGAGAACUUGGGACAGAGAACCAUACUACCUGGGAAGAGAUGCCGCAGGUUUGGACCGCAAUUCUAAAAUUUCCAUCACCAAAGUGGAGAGGAUUGAGAACAGGGCGCUGUACUCCGCUUACAGAAAUGCCAAGUUGAAGCUAAUGCAGGACCAGAUAGAUAAAAGGGGUAUCUGCACCCCCAUUGAAAGUUUGCCGAAUUCUGGCGGGGGUAUUCAGACGACAGAACUCCUGCCUAGCCAUUUUACGCAGAGUUUGUGCAGUGAGAUUAACGAGCAUUACCUGUUCCAUGGGACGACCUUCGACAGGAUUGGUGGACUGUCCAGUGGGGGUUUUAAAAUCAACAAGUCUGACCAGAAUGGGAUGGUUGGCCAGGGGAUCUACCAGGCGGAGAUGUCCCGGAAAGCUGAUCAAUAUGCCGAUCCUAAACAUGAGCGCAGUCCAGAUGGCUAUAGGUUGAAACUAAUCCUCAGUCGCACCUUGCUAGGAAAUGUCACUGUUCUUGACAGACCUGACAACUACUACCGACCGACCGGUCCCUUCAACUCAGUUGUAGCAAACAUCAAACAUAAGAUGUUCCGGGAGUUUGUCGUGUAUGAAGAUGGUCUGGUUUAUCCGGAGUACGUCGUCACCUACAAGCGGGUAUAGACAACACGUGAUCAUGUUAGACCUCUGUUGGCGACUCAAUGUUUGUUUUUGUUUCUGUUCGAUAUCUUAGUGUUUAGAUGUAUUGUAUCAAAAUAGUUUUAGAUGUUAUCGAAGAAUUUUAGUAUCGAACU